UACUGUCUGGAGAACAUCUGCGGAAACCUUGACCAUGGCAUCGGUGUCAGAGCCUGUAACGUUCCGAGAAUUCUGCCCUUUGUACUAUCUCCUCAACGCCAUUCCCACAAAGAUCCAGAGAGGCUUUCGCUCCAUUGUGGUCUACCUCACAGCCCUGGACACCAACGGGGACUACAUCGCAGUGGGCAGCAGCAUCGGCAUGCUCUACCUGUACUGCCGGCACCUCAACCAGAUGAAGAAGUACAACUUCGAAGGGAAGACAGAGUCCAUCACUGUGGUGAAGCUGCUGAGCUGCUUUGAUGACCUGGUUGCAGUGGGCACUGCCUCCGGGAGGGUCGCAGUUUUCCAGCUUGUGUCUUCAUUGCCAGGGAGGAACAAGCAGCUUCGCAGAUUUGAUGUUACUGGUGUUCACAAGACCAGCAUUACAGCUCUGGCUUGGAGCCCCAAUGGAAUGAAGCUGUUCUCUGGAGAUGACAAAGGGAAGAUCGUCUACUCCUCUCUAGAUCUAGACCAGGGGAUCUGCAAUUCACACCUCGUGUUAGAAGAGCCGUCCUCCAUUGUGCAGUUGGACUACAGCCAGAAAGUGCUGCUCGUGUCGACCUUGCAGAGAAGCCUGCUCUUUUACACAGAGGAAAAGGCGGUCAAGCAGAUUGGAUCUCAACCGAGGAAAAGUACUGGGAAAUUUGGUGCUUGUUUUAUACCAGGACUGUGUAAGCAAAGCGAUCUAACCCUGUACGCAGCCCGGCCUGGGCUCCGGCUGUGGAAAGCUGAUGUCCACGGGACCGUUCAGGCCACGUUCAUCCUUAAGGACGUCUUUGCUGGAGGAGUCACACCUUUUGAGCUCUACCCUCGUCUGGAGCCCUCUGAUGGGGGGAGCUGCAGCGCUCCUGAGAAACACCUGGGGCUUGUUUCCUGCUUCUUCCGAGAGGGCUGGGUGUUGAGCUGGAAUGAGUACAGUAUCUAUCUUCUGGACACUGUCAAUCAGGCCACAGUUGCUGGUUUGGAAGGACUGGGUGAUAUUGUGUCUGUUUCCUGCACAGAAAAUGAAAUAUUUUUCCUAAAGGGAGAUAGGAACAUUAUAAGGAUUUCAAGCAGACCUGAAGGACUCGCAUCCAUAGUGAGAGACGGUCCAGAGAUGGCACGAUGCUCUGAGCAGGUCCAUGGACAGCAUCUGGAGAAGUCCCUGGGAGGCACUGUGUGCGAGGCACGGCUUCGAGGCUCUUCUGUGGCCAGCUCCGUGGCCAGUGAGCAGCGGAGCAGGAGCAGUUCACUCAAUUCCACGGACAGUGGCUCCGGGCUGCUGCCGCCUGGAUCUCAGACUGCCCCCGAGCUGGGCCACAGUGGUCAGCCAUCCUCACAGAGAUUCAGUGUCAUCAGCUCUGAAGACUUUGACCAGGAGCUUAUUGUGAAACCUAUCAAAGUGAAGAAGAGGAGGAGGAAGCGCAAGCCAGAAGGCGGAAGCAAGAGCACCUGCCACAGUUCCCUCGAGUCAACUCCCUGCUCCGAGCUCCCUGCUGACAGCCCCCAGUCCUUGAGCACAGACCUUGUGUCCUUGGCCUCAAGUGUUCUGAGCGGCAGUAGUGUGGAUCAGUUGAGCACAGAGCCGCCAGACCAGGAGAUCAGCCCCAGUGGUGAGUUGGAUGGGAUCAUACAGGACAACAAUGGCCCUCAAACACUCCAUGACCUGGAGGUGCCUGGGUCUACCCCCAGCCCAGUGGAUGAAGAAAAUAGCCCUAGAAAGGAAGCUUCCCAGUGUGACCACACACAGGACACAGACCUGCUCAAAGGAGUGUUGACUUUACCCUUGCAGCCAGAGGAGGAUGAGGGAGAUGCUGACGUCACCUCAGAGCUUGAAGAGAAGCCUGGGCCUGCUGCUGAUGCAGCAACACACACAGAGUUAUGCCUGCGAGAACAGAACAGCUCUGCUGAGCAGCAGGAGGUGGACACCAUGGAGUUCAGUGACCCCCAGAGCACUUUUUCUGAAGCCCCACUUCUGGACUCAAGUAUGCUACCUGCCAGCCUCAGCUGGCCCCCAGGUGCUGAGCAGUGGCUGCCUGAGAUCGAAGGUUAUGAGGUCAGCACUGAGGAGGCCAGCCCAGAAGCAGACAUCCUGACCCAGGCAGAGGUCCCUAGCCACCUGAGCUCAAAUCCUUGGCAUUUACUAACUGAUAGUCAGAAGGAAACACCUGCUUUUGAAUGUGACAUGGGAAAUGUGAAAGGACAGGUGACUCCUCUUACCUCUGCCUUGGUGGCCAACACCCAUGCACAUUGGCUGGACCAACCCUUCCAGGAUCAGGCAGUGACAUCCAGUGAUGAGGAAGACAUUUACGCCCAUGGACUCCCAUCUUCAUCCUCAGAGACGAGUGUCACAGAGCUUGGAGCUGGUCGUUCUCUGCAGGACCUGAGCCAACCAGGUGCUGAGGAAACCUCACUGCUCAAGGCAGAUCAGUUUGCAGAGAGCUGGAUGGGCUACUCAGGUCCUGGCUAUGGCAUCCUCAGCUUGGCGGUCUCGGAAAAGUUUAUCUGGUGCCUGGACUACAAAGGUGGCCUGUUCUGCAGUGCCCUGCCUGGUGCGGGGCUGCGCUGGCAGAGGUUUGAAGAUGCUGUCCAGCAGAUGGCAGUCUCUCCUUCAGGGGCUCUUCUCUGGAAGAUUGAACAGAAAUCUAACCGUGCUUUUGCUUGUGGCAAAGUCACCAUCAAGGGGAAGCGACACUGGUACGAGGCUCUGCCCCAGGCUGUGUUUGUGACCCUGAGUGAUGACACAGCCUGGAUCAUCAGGACCAAUGGAGAUCUGUACCUUCAGACAGGUCUCAGCGUGGAUCGGCCCUGCGCCCGAGCCGUGAAGGUUGACUGUCCCUACCCACUGUCCCAGAUCACAGCCCGGAACAGUGUGGUGUGGGCACUGACGGAGCAGAGGGCCCUCCUGUACCGGGAGGGCGUGAGCAGCUUCUGCCCAGAAGGGGAACAAUGGAAGUGUGACAUUGUCAGUGAAAGGCAAGCUCUGGAGCCUGUCUGCAUAACUCUCGGAGAUCAGCAUACAUUGUGGGCCUUGGACAUUCAUGGGAAGCUAUGGUUCAGAACUGGCGUGAUUCCCAAGAAGCCCCAAGGAGAUGAUGAUCACUGGUGGCAGGUGAGCAUCACGGACUAUGUGGUGUUUGACCAGUGCAGCUUGUUCCAGACCAUCAUGCAUGCCACACACUCAGUAGCGACAGCCGCGCAAGCCCCUGUGGAAAAGGUUGCAGAUAAACUGCGCAUGGCAUUUUGGUCUCAGCAGCUUCAGUGCCAGCCCAGCCUACUAGGGGUUAACAAGAGUGGUGUGUGGAUCUCCUCAGGGAAGAAUGAAUUCCAUGUUGCUAAAGGAAGUCUCAUAGGAACUUACUGGAACAACGUGGUUCCCCGGGGAACAGCUUCUGCCACAAAAUGGGCCUUUGUGUUGGCUUCCCCUGCUCCCACCCAGGAUGGAAGCUCCUUAUGGCUAUGCCAGAGCAGCAAGGACCUGUGUGUCCUCAGUGCCCAGAGUGCACAGUGCCGCCCCUCCACGGUGCAGCUGCCCCCCGAUGCAGAGAUGAGGACUUACGCAGCCUGCCAGGAUGCACUGUGGGCCUUGGACAGCCUGGGACAGGUGUUCAUCAGGACACUUUCCAAGAGCUGCCCAACAGGCAUGCACUGGACGAAACUGGACCUUUCCCAGCUAGGAACCGUGAGACUGACCAGCUUGGCCUGUGGAAAUCAGCAUAUCUGGGCCUGUGACUCUAAGGGUGGGGUUUACUUCCGUGUUGGAACCCAGCCUCUGAAUCCCAGUCUGAUGCUUCCAGCCUGGAUCACGAUUGAGCCACCUGUCCAGCUUGCUGGGGUCACUUUGGUCAGCGUCCAUUCUAGCCCCAAUGACCAGAUGUUGUGGGCCCUGGAUAGCAGAUGGAAUGUGCACGUGAGAACUGGAGUCACCGAGGAGAUGCCCGUGGGGACAGACUGGGAGCACGUGCCAGGAUUACAGGCCUGCCAGUUGGCACUGAGCACCAGGACCGUGUGGGCCCGCUGUCCAAAUGGUGACCUUGCCCGCCGCUAUGGCAUCACAGACAAAAAUCCUGCUGGGGACUACUGGAAGAAAAUCCCGGGAAAUGUAUCCUGUUUCACAGUGACCUCAUCAGACGAGCUGUGGGCAGUGGGCUCCUCUGGCUGUCUCCUUCAGCGACUGACAAAGACGUUCAGCCAUUCACACAAUACCCAGAACAACCAGGCAGCCACCUCCCACCCUGAGGAGCUGGAGGACGAGUGGGAGGUCAUCUGAAGGAGCCGAGGCAGCCAGUGGAGGAGGAAGCUGGGUUCUGUAAUGGAGGCAGCCUAUCUCCCCGUGGCUCCUUGUGGACAUGCCUCAUCCACCAGGCUGGACACCCACACUCGCUUUCAUCCGUAUUUGUUUUUGGUCUCAUUACAGAACUCACAGCCUUAGCCAUGUGCUUGGAACUGUCGCUUGUAGGAACAGCACCUUGGACAUCUGACCAAGGUCCCCUCCAAGUGAGAGCAGUGGCUGCCGCUCAGCUGCACACACGAGUUCCCUGUGCACCCAGGACAUUCUUAUCCGCAACCGCAGGUCCUGGUGUGUGAGCCAGGAGGGACAGGCACAUGUCCAUACCAGAACCCCAGACCAAAUGGCCGGCCGGUCAGAGCUUGCAGCCACUGGAUAUGUUUGGUGACAGUGUUGACGUUAUCACAGGGUCCCACACUUCUCUCCUAGAGGUCCAGGCCACAGUGCACAUCCCACACGGGACAUUCCAGGUAGGAAAGGACCCAUGCAGGCUGGGUGCGGGGCUGUGCCGGGUGAACAUGCACACCCUCGCCUCAUCAUGCUGCCCACACUCAGGGUAGCUGCCCACCCUGCCCACCUCAGCCGACACGACAGCCAAUGGAUGCAGACGGAGCACAGGUGCCCACAUGGUCCAUGUAGCCCAGCACAGGGGUGCUGAGCUAAUGUAGAGACAUCUUGGGAAUGACACUUGACAGUAAGCUGGUAGGCGUCCUAAAGCCGGCCUCUUCCUCAAAAGAUGAGUCUAGUAAUCGCCUUUCGUUUGUUAUGUUACAAACCUGAAUAAGAUACCUCACUUAAAAUCAAGUCUCACAGACUGAGAAGAUAAAUGUAUCUUCUGAAAA